GGGUGUAGUAUCUUCUUUCACUUCGGUCAUUUUCCCUCUAUUUCUUAUAAUUGUAAUAUUCUUAUAUAUAUAGUUCUUUUAAUUAAAUCGCAAAAUUGUUCAUUGGCAACUGUCUGCAAUUUGCAAUUGAAAUCUAUACUCCUUCUCCGAACGAAAAGCUAAUGGCGGGAGGAAAAUUUUGGAAGUUUCACUCAAAAUCCGCCACUACUGUAGUGCCCAUAGACACUGAGCUCACUGAAAAGUUCGGUCUCUUCCACUUGAACCCAGUUCCUGUACUUCCGAAGAAUGGAGAGUCGCCUUAUAGAAUCGAUAUUGUGGCACUGCACGGUAUAAAAGGGGAUGCAUUCAGAACCUGGACAGAGAAGAACGAAGAUGGUGUCAAAAAUAUGUGGUUGAGAGACCAGCUACCUAAUGAAUUACCAGGUGCCAGAGUAUUCUCGUUUGGAUAUGAUGCGAAUGUACUGUUUAGUCGAGGGACGGGUACAAUAGAAGAUUUCGCAACAAAUCUUUUGGAGGAUUUGGUGAGAGAGAGAAAGGAUGAUUCGAAUCAAAAGCGUCGGAUUAUCUUUAUAUGUCAUAGCAUGGGAGGUAUAGUGCUGAAGAAGGCACUGGUCAAAGCUGUCGACAAUAAUCUUUACAAAAAUACAUUUGACUCCACAUCCGCCAUCCUGUUCCUUGCCACUCCGCAUAUGGGUUCCGAUGAAACCAAAAUACCUUUGUCUGUUGCCAAUUUUGCCAAUGGCUUUCUUUCGGUUCCGAUGAGAUUGAGCGGUCGUGUGAGAGAUGACCUAAUAAUGCCUCUCGCGCGGGGUUCCCACAUUUUGAGAGACGUACAGCAAACAUUUAAGGACAGGAAGUUAUAUGAAGGCAUCUUGAUCGCUAGUUUCCAAGAACAGGUCAUAUGUGCGGGAUUGAAAGGACUGAUUGUUGACAAGGAGAGUGCGCUAUUGCACAUUCCAGCUGAACGGGCGGUGCCGAUAGAUCGUCAUCAUCGAAAUAUUUGCAGGUUUAGUGGGCCUGAAAGUAAAUCAUACCAGAGGAUUUUAGGAAUUUUGAAAGAGUACGCUGAUGAAGCUAAUUCGAGGAUUCCAGAAGAACUCACAUCUGAGGACAAAGCCGUAUUAUCCUCGAUAUACUAUCCCGAACUGGGGCAAAGACGUCGCAAUGCGAACAAUGCCUACAAAGACACCUGCAGCUGGAUCUUUCAAAAUCGCUCCUACCUUCAAUGGAAAGACAUUCAACGGAGUCUUAUGUGGAUCAAAGGCAAACCAGGUGCAGGUAAAUCUACACUUAUGGCAUAUAUUCUGUCAAAUUUCCGCCAUCGCGAUCCUCGCCACCUAUUACUGAAUUUCUUCUUCCAUGGUCGCGGUGUCCCUCUCCAAAGGAGUCCCGAAGGAAUGUAUAGGGAACUAAUGUAUCAACUUUACUCACAAGCAUCACCUAUCCGCGAACAACUUCGAAAGUCCUUUGUCGAAAAGAAAGCGUCAGGACAGUUGGAAAAUGAUUGCGUUUGGAGUGAAGACGAAUUGAAAGAAUUGCUGUUCAACGCCAUUACUUGGAUUGCGCACUCACAGCCCGUUGUACUGUUUGUUGACGCACUUGAUGAAGCUGGUGAUGAUAAUGCAAGGAUGCUGAUUGAUUAUUUUGAUGAUAUGAAAAAAAGAGUGUCCCAAGACGGAGAUGGCGGAUCCCUAAGAAUUUGCGUUGCUUGUCGGCACUAUCCCAACGUUUCUUUGAGCGAGGGCUUUGAAGUCAACGUGGAGAAUAAUAAUAUGUCAGAUAUUGCAUUCUUCGUUAAUGCGCAACUGGACGCGAGAAUCAGAAAUUGGAACAAAGAUAGAGUAACCACUGAAGGCAGGGAAAAUAUUGAAGCAGCUAUUGUGAAUAAAUCACUGGGUGUCUUUCAAUGGGUCAAGCUUGUAGUUCCCAUGGCUGCAGAGACUUUCAACGAUACGGAAAGUCUGAAGGACGUUCAUGUCAUGUUGGAAAAGGUACAGGAUGACCUCGCGGCUGUGUACGAGAAUAUUUUGACUAAUGUCAUCAAAGUUAAAUAUCGACCCAAAACACUGCUGUUAAUGCAAUGGAUUGCGCUUGCAGAGCGCCCUUUGACUGCUACGGAAUUAAGAAUUGCGAUGGCAUGUGAUGAAGGAUCCGAAAAUCCGGGACACAAACGAUGGGAGGAGAGUGAGGAUUACAUCGAGUCUGAUAGGCGAAUGGAGACUUUAUUGAAGACGUUUUCUGGAGGACUGGUGGAGAUAGCUUUGUAUACCUCAGGGUUAUAUCGCGUACAAUUCAUUCAUCAGACGGUGGUCGAUUUCAUGCUUACCGGGGGUCUGCUGUUUCUAGUACAACAUUUGACGCCAAAUGAUAUCGGAACAUCUGAGGUUGGGACUGGGAUGGCUAAUGCUUGCAUUAUUGGGCAAAGUCAAGACCGCCUCUCUAGAUCUUGCUUGAACUAUGUCAAAUUACCAGAGAUCUCACAGGAAAAUUGGGUCGACGAUUCCGAGAAAGUAGAGGAAUUGAAGGCGCAUAAAUACUACUUCUUUGAAUAUGCGAUCGAAAAGUGGUGGGUACAUGCGGAGAAAGCAGAAAGAGGAGGGAUGUGCCAGAAAUAUCUAGUGCAACAGCUGGAAGAACCUCCCGAGUUCUUUGACAAGUACAUUACUCUUGAAAGGGCCAUAGAUAUACAUUCAUAUGGAUUGCGCGAUGGUUCAACAAUUCUACAUCUCAUGGCAUACACAAACCUGCAAGGUCCAGCUAAAGAAAUACUCAAACGAGGCGAUUCCGUAGAAGAUCAAGACAGAGGAUCAAUUCGGCCUCUACAUUGUGCGGCUUACCGUGGCCACAGAGAAAUGGUACAAUUGCUUCUAGACGCGGGCGCCGACAUAACAGCAACACAAGACCAUCGGCUUACGGCGCUCGAAGUAGCUGCUUCGAGGGCUCAUGAAGAUGUUAUACAUAUCUUGCUUGAACGAGGAGCCGAUAUUAAUGCAGUCUCCAACAGUGGAACCGCACUGGAAGGUGCGGCCGCUAGUGGUGACAUACGCUUAGUCCGGAAGCUGCUGGAUAUCGGGGCGAAAGUCAAUCAAGAAGGACAUUUUGGGAGCACCCCUUUGAAAGCGGCGGCCGAGAGAGGACACGUGGAGAUCGUCCGUCUACUUUUGGAAAAUGGAGCAGAUGUUAGUCAUUAUGAGGAGUACGCUGGGACUGCUCUUCAGCGUGCCGCUAUGUAUGCUCACGAUGAAGUGAUUGGAAUACUAUUGGAAAGUGGGGCAUCGAUAAAUGCACCAGGAGGCAGACAUGGAAGCACUUUACAUUGCGCUUGCGACGCCUUAACUCUUUAUCACGAUACUGGUACGACGAUUGAGCUUCUGCAAUUAUUGUUGGAUAAGGGAGCAGAUGUCAAUAUGUAUGAUGGGCCAUGGGGAAGCCCACUUGCUGCUGCUAUCAGUCGCUGGGGCUCUUUAAAAGCGGAUGAAAAAGAAAUCGAUGCUCGGAUAAUAUUACUUUUGGAGAAAGGGGCGGAUGUGAACCCACCUCCUGGAGGAAUUGGAAAUCCCCUCAUUGCUGCCGCAGGGCAUGGUAAUGUGAAUCUCAUGAGUUUACUGCUAAGCUAUGGCGCUGAUAUCAACGCAAUUGGCGGCUAUAGCAAUACUGCUCUCUGCGAAGCCUCGGACACUAGGUGGGCAGCACGUCCAGAUGCUGUCAAAUUCCUAUUAGAUAAAGGCGCGGACGUGAACUUAUUCGAUACUUCUGAAGGACACAAUUCCCAUGGCCCCCCGCUUCAACGAGCAGCUAUUAGAGGACGAUUGGAAAUAGUGCGCAUGUUGCUUGAUUAUGGGGCCGAUAUAAAUCUGGGAGCAGGACAAUCAGGAGGCGCGCUGUAUGAAGCUGCUUCAUGUGGUCACUUGGAAAUAUGCGAGUUGCUUUUGAAUCUGGGAGCUGAUGUUCAGGCGGAGGGGAUGGUUGGUACUGUGCUUCACGUUGCUGCCUAUCAUGGGCAUGUCAACAUUGUCCGUCUAUUACUCGAACAUGGGGCUAGUGUCGAUCAAGUGUGCGAAUUUGGGACUGCACUCCAAGCAGCUGCCGCGAAUGGGCAUAUUGAUGUUUUCAAUUUAUUAAGAAGUUAUGAAGCAGAUAUCCAUUUUAUAGGAGGUCAUCAUCACAAUAUGCUACAGGCAUCGGCAUUUGGAGGAAAUAUUGAAAUGGUUCGGCUAUGUUUGGCUAAUGGCAUGGACGUCAAUAUUACAGGAGGAAAGGAAGUUCAAACCGCGUUGAUGGCGGCGGCUCAACAAGGACAUGUUGAAAUUGUGAGAUUAUUAUUGGAUGAGGGGGCGAGAGAUAUCAAGAAUGGCUACUAUUUUAGUGUUUGGUAUUAUGCGGAGAAUUGGGGCCACAGAAAGGUCAUGAAUGUUUUGAAAGAGAGGGGUCUGGAGGUAGUGAGAGGAGCCGAAGGGGAGAGGAAAAAUAUUGAAUCAAAAGGGAAUGCCGGGUAAAUGAUAUAUCAUUUCAGCAGAUGUGAUUAAUUUAACCCGAGUAUUCUCAAUCGCUUCCUAGUGACAUGAUAAGGAUAUGAAGGCAUCGUAAUCUAUAUAUUUUUUCGCAAUCA